UUUCAGUUAAACGUAUUAGUAUAUGUAUAACAAUUUAAAAAAGAUAAACAGCUUCAAAAAUGAAGUGUGUAAUUAUAACAUUAGUGAGUUGUUUGGGCAUAUGUACAAGUCAGCGAUAUUCACAAGAGUUCACGUUCCUGCCUCAAUUUCAAACGCAAAGUUCAGGUGUAUUUAGUUCUGAUAGUUCGAUUUACUUGCCACCUGAAACGCACACACCUGUUCCAUAUUUUACAGUCACUAACAUGAAUAAACUUCCUUUUCAAUAUCUACCACCAAGUGGAACAAAAGCUCCAUCGGUAUACCCCACUCCUUAUCCAGAGAGAUUUUCAACACGAAGAUCUUUUAAUUUUGACGAUGACAUGAGAAGAGAAAGCAUACAGAUGACAUCACCUCGACCGGUGAAUGUGCAAAAUUCAAAUCAAUCAAAAAUUAAUUCGACUGAUUCAAAUCAGAAUCGAGAUUCGAGAACCAAUCAAAUGAAGUCGAAUUUUCAACCCCAAUCGCAAUAUAUGGAUAGGCUAGACGAGAGAAAUAAUUAUCAAAAACCUCAGCCUAGUAUCCCACUACAACAUCCAUCUCCUCAAAAAACUGCUUCUCGCCGAAUGAUAUUGACGAGUGAAAUUCAGAAACCAGACGAAAAUGAUCAAGAAAAAGCUGCUUCAUAUUCUACGCCCAAAUACUCGUACAUCCCAGCAGUAUACAGUCCAUCAACAACUGAACCAGCAAUUCCUAUUCUACGUCUUUCCAACGAAAUGGAUUUGGAUGGAAGUUUUAGCUACGAAGCAUUAGGAGCUGAUCAGACCCAUUACGUACAACACAGUCGCAUGGAAAACAUGGGAACUGACAAAGAAGAACAAGUUGUGGAAGGCUCGUACUCUUAUGUAGGGGAUGAUGGACAAACUUACACUGUGCAUUACGUUGCCGAUUCUAAUGGAUACAGAGCCAGUGGAAAUCAUUUGCCAGUAGCACCACCUAUUCCAGAAAUAAUUCAAAGGGCAGUUCAAUACAAUUUAGCGGAAGAAGCGAAAAGGUCUCCUCACGAGAAAAACAAUUGGGAAAACGAAAGCUAUGAAAAUGAGAGUUUCAAUGAAGCCUCGAGACACUAUAUUCCGCCAACACGCAGUUUAUUUACUGGCAGAACACCAGAAGCUUUCUCGUUUGGUUCAGCUAAACACUUUGAUCCUCAACCAAAUUUAAUAACAGCUUCAAGCUCACAUAUUCCAAGUAAAUCUAAUUUUGGUGGUUCUGUCGAAUUAAGUAAAGCCAACCAGCAACAAUCAGUUUCAAUAUCGCCACAAGUAACAUUUACAGCCUCGCAAGGUGCUCACAAUCCAUCUUUGCAAACCCAGCCAAUUCCUUCAAGAACCAACAGUUACCCAAACUCUGAUAAAAUAUCAAUGCCACAAAUUGUUAAUUACGAGGCUGAUGCGAAAGAAAUUGAUCAUGAAAACAAUAAAGCGCUUUUGAGAUGGCAGUAUGGGGUACAUCCUAAUAACGACGAAAAUGUGCCAGAAAAAGGUUCCAUUUCCCGUUCAUCCCCCGAAGGAGAUGAUAUUAUAAUAAAUUUUAAUAAUAUGACGCCUGAUCAAUAUACAAAUAUGAUUAGGAACGAGGUCUUUGGACAAACAAACGUAAUUUCGUACAAUGAAAACAAAUAUCAAGGCCAUUUUUCUGAACCAACAACUGUUUCUCAAAAACCAGAUGAUUCAAGUAUAUUUUCUAGCUACCUCAUAAAUAACGAAAAUAAUAAUAAAAGUGAUUUAAAAAAUCAAUCCUCUAAUGAUAACCAGUUCUCUGCUAGAAAAAACUCAAAUAAAAACGUUGUAAUUCAGACGAAAAACGAAGAAAAUCCUUUGUAUUCAAAUGAAAUGUCUCCUAAUUCGUAUUCAGGCCUUAUUCGACAGCAAAAUUUUAUACCACCAAGCCAACUAGUUACGCAAUCUUAUGAUUACGAAGAUGUGUCAUAUGAACCUAAAAGAACGUUGGUAACACAGGAAUCAUUUGCUAAUCAUGAAGAAACCACUACAAUAAGUCAAAAUAAAAGUCCCUUUUUACCAAGUAUGUAUUGGUCGAAUAAUGAAGAGUCCGCUAAAAUAACAACUUCCAAAAACAUUGCAGAAAAUGAUUCAUUUAUGACACAAAACGGGCAGUAUAAUUUCAAUUCAGGUAUAAAUAAGAAUACGGAUAGGCCACCUACAUCCACUGUUUCGGAAAACAGUAUAGAAGAAUUGAUCAAAGAUAACAUAUUUUUGAAAAAUAUUAUAAAAUCUAGAAAAGCGGAAUAUGUCGAAAAAAACUAUUCAGAAGAAAAUAAAAGUGACAAACAUUCGGAACCCGCAAAUAAUAUAAGCUCUCAUUCUGAAGUAGAUAAGCCUGCUAAGUUUAUUCCGUUUUACCCUAAACCGAAAUCGGAUAUUACAAACUUUAAAAAGCCUCUGGAUAUCCAUGAUGUACUUAAUUAUGUAGUUAUGAAAGACAACUUCGAGCUAUCAAAAACAAAACCUAAAAGUAAACCCGAUAUCCCAACUAACGUGGGCCAGCAAAAAAAAAGCAUACCAACGAAUUUUAUACCUGUCGAAAAAGAUAGCCGCGAAAACAUUCCAGAAAGAUCACAAGAUAACAUCACUUACAGAACUUUGAAUCAAGAACAGGAUGAAUUGCGGGGCAUUAUUAAAAAUUAUAAGGUUUUACAGCGUCAACGAAACUCGGGGUAUACCAAUAAUCAAUAUGCUUCAGAGCCUCAACGACAUGUGAAAAUUUUCCAUUCAGCAGGUUUACCGCCUUUGGGACGCGCCGGACCUUCUAUGAAGAGUUAUCUACCUCCGUCGUAUUUGUAAAGACAAAUCCGCUGUGAUUUUAAUAAGAGAAAUGUUUUGUAAAUAUAUUUUAUGCAUUUAUUAGUUUUAAAUAAUAAAGAUUUCUUUGAAG